AUGUGUGACCCGCGACAUCUUGUUCGCGCAUACAGUUUUGAGGCCGAGGAACGCUUACUCCCAGAGAGUGAUGCCCGCCGUCUCGCCCAGAUGCUUGCCAAACACCAAGGAAGCAAAGAAGAUGCGCGGGAUCCAUGGCGAAACUUUUUCGAAUGCUUUCAUCAUAGUACAGAUCCAAGUGACAUGGAUCCAAUAACUCAAGUUCUCACUGUAGAAACGAACCAUUUGCGAGAGAAAUGGAAGGCAUUCAUCGAGUUCAGCACACCGAUGGACCGAUUGGACAUCAGAAUGUCCGAGCCUACAAUGAAUGGUGUCAUCGAGACAGUUGAGAAAACAACGCAGGCGUGGCAGUUGAAACGCAAUAACAGCCGGUUUGCCAAAGCAAAGCGGCUAUUUCACCAGUUCUGCAAGACUCUUCACUCCCAUCAGGCAUUCCUGGACAUAUUGCCAUCCGGGAGCGAGUAUGUUUCUAUCUUCAGCGGCACCCUGAAUGCAGUGAUACAGGCGAGUACAAACCACGAAAAGAUUGCCGAAGGCCUCUCGGAAUCUUUAUGCAUUGUGAGCCAGUAUGUCAAUAACUGCAAACCGGAUCUGCAGCUAUUUAACAUGGAAGAUAUGCAAACUCUUAUUGCGAAUCUUUACGCGCACAUUUUUCUUCUGUUGACUAGCAUCAUGGACUGGAUGAUGAAGAAAAGAAUCAAGCGACUUCUCGACUCGUUCAAUGAGGAUCUACCUAGCGUUUUUGAUAAUGAGAUGGGCAAGAUUAAGGACAUAUCGGAUCGGAUCCGAAACCUAGCAUCACAAAAGAACCGAGCGGAACUAAGGUCUACGAGAUUGACAGCAGAAAGUAUCGCAAGGGAUGUGCGGGCGGGUCUUGAGGGCGACAAGCGACACCAGGCAGAGAUGAAACAUUACGCUGAGAGCAUUCUGAGAGAGCAAAGUCGAACAUCUGAAUUGUGGACUUUUGAGAAGCAACAACAGCUGGCUGACAAUAUUGUCAACCUGCUGGAAGAGAGGGCCUUCCGUUGGUUGGAAUGUAACCGAGCCGGGAACCGAACGAGCCAUCAGCAGUUGCCUACAAGUUCUCUUGUGUUACUAGAUGGGUCUGCACAGGGUAUUUUCCCUUUUCUUAGUCUACCUCUAGGUCCCUCUGCUAAUUAUGCUCUCGCAGUAUCGGAGUAUACCUCUGAAGCUAUUGCCAUCAGCUCUCGUCACCUCGAAGACUUCUUCCAUCGAGAUAGAGUUCGACUUUCGUGCGACGCAUUUGAUUUGUUAAUGGUUCCUCCAGAGUCGUUCAGGGAAAUCAGUGAUUGGGCUAGCACAGCCGCUCCAAACCUAUUGUGGCUUGAAGGUCCUCCUCUCGAAGGCGACGACUUCGAAAACCCAGUCACAAUGAUGGCAGCUACGGUCAUAGCUCUUGCCGAGAAAACAAAGUUGCCGGUCAUCUCAUACUUUUGCGAGCUCCGGCGAGGCGAGAAGCUCAGGGAUGGAAAUGACACAAUGGAAGCACAAGCGAUGCUGUCUCUUGUUUAUGCACUCAUCAGGCAGCUGAUCGAGCUCCUUCUUCCAUCGCUAGAGACUAGUGUUGACAUUUCAGAGGGACGGUUCAAGGCUCUUGACGGGUGUCUGGGGACUUGGAGCCAGGCCACCUCAAUUCUGGCUGAUCUCGGCGAGCUUAUGCCAGGUCCGGUGCUUUGCAUCAUUGAUGGUCUUCAUUGGCUCACCGAUCGAGGGACCGACAGCUAUCUUUCGGAUCUUCUGAAGAUCUUACAUGGAGACAAAUGGAAGGUCCUACUGUUUACCACGGGUAGGUCGGUUGUUUUGCAGCUUGAGCUAUCAAGCUCGGAGGCCUCGACCAUCGAUGUUCGUUCAUUUGGACGUGGGGUGGCAUUAGAUCGACAAGACUUCGAUGAAUAA